UUCCUGUAGCCCUGACUGGGGGUGGCUUUGAACCCCCACUGUUGUGGAGGGUGACCUAAGAAUUUAUAGUCUUCCCCAAGUGCUGAGUUUGCAGGGGUGCAGCACCACGCCCAGCUGAGUUUCACCUGUAGGGCUGAGGGUGGUGAUGGGGACACACAGGGUUUCCUGUGGCCGUGACUGGGGGUGGCUUUGAUCCCCCACUGUUGUGGAGGGUGACCUAAGAAUUUAUGGUCUUCCCCAAGUGCUGAGUUUGCAGGGGUGCAGCACCACGCCCAGCUGAGUUUCACCUGUAGGGCUGAGGGUGGUGAUGGGGACACACAGGGUUUCCUGUAGCCCUGACUGGGGGUGGCCUUGAACCCCCACUGUUGUGGAGGGUGACCUAAGAAUUUAUAGUCUUCCCCAAGUGCUGAGUUUGCAGGGGUGCAGCACCACGCCCAGCUGAGUUUCACCUGUAGGGCUGAGGGUGUUUCCUUCCUUUCUUUCUUUUUUUUUUUUUUUGUACCCCCACUAUCUGUCUCGGAAGUCAUUCAGUCUGGUGGCAUCCACGACUUCUGUACCGAGGAUGGUUGCACCUGAUAGAUGCGGAACAUUCUGGAAGGAGCUUGGUGUAAUGUGGGUUUUUGCAAAGGGAGGGUUGUCCCCAGGUCACCCCGAGGGGAAACUCCGGACGAUCCCUGGUGUGGUAGCCAAGUAGGCGAACAGUGAAAGCCCUUGGUGUGGUGACACAUGCCUGUGUAUAGUUCCAGCACCCCUUGGCCGGGGCAAGAGAAUCAGGAACUAUAUAUAGUGAGGCUGAGCCCCGUGGAGUGGUGCACGUCUGUAAUCCCUGCACCUGAGAGGCUAAGGUUGGAGGAUCGAAGGUUCAAGGCCAGCCUGGACUGGAUAACACUAGUCUGUGGAGAGUCAUCCCUCUCUACUUGCCAACAUCCUGUGUUAGAAGAGCUUGUGGCCAGAGGUGUGACCGUGGGAGAGCUGGCCGGGGAUGGACCUUGCCCAGUCACUGCUCUGCUCCUGUCUCUUGUCCCCUCCCCUGGCCAUGACAGAGACCCGUGAGCCCGCUGAGACCGGAGGCUAUGGCAGCUUGGAGGAAGAUGAAAACCUUUCCCCAGGCCCGGAGCAUUCUUCUGACUCUGAAUACACUCUUUCAGAGCCCGACUCUGAGGAGGAAGAGGAAGAAGAGGAGGAAGAGGAGACCACUGACGACCCCGAAUAUGACCCUGGCUAUAAGGUGAAACAGCGCAUAGGUGGGGGCAGGGGAGGCCCAUCUCGCCGGGCCCCCCGAGCGGCUCAGCCUGCUGGCCCACCUGCACAGCCCUGCCAGCUCUGUGGCCGAUCACCGCUGGUGGACGCUGCACCAGGUACCCCACCUUGCCGACUCUGCUGCCCUGCGACAGCAACCCAAGAAGCCCCAGCCCCUGAAGGCAGGGCUCUUGGCGAGGAAGAGGAGGAGCCAUCUGGCACUGGGGAGAUCCGGCCAGCAAGGCGGGAUGGAGAUGAAGAUGAGGAGGAGGGGGGUACCUACCACUGUACGGAGUGUGAGGACUCCUUUGACAACCUUGGGGAGCUGCAUGGCCACUUCAUGCUGCAUGCCCGGGGUGAGGUGUAGGCGGGGCCACUAGGGAGCUGGUGGAGGGGUGGGUUGGGAGCAAGGGCUGAGGAAGCUGGAGUGUGGGCCGGGGGUCCCACCCAUGUGUGUGAAGGGCAGAAUAAAGCCAGAUUCUGUGUGUGCUGAGCUGCAUGUGUGUGGCCGAACAUGGAGUGCCGUCUACACCAGCA